CAAGAAGUUCAGCAACCAGGAGACCAGUGUAGAGAUUGGUGAAAGUGUGAGAGGAGAAGAUGUUUACAUCAUCCAGAGUGGCUGUGGAGAAAUAAAUGACAACUUAAUGGAACUGCUGAUCAUGAUCAAUGCUUGCAAGAUUGCAUCAUCCUCCAGAGUGACUGCUGUAAUUCCAUGUUUUCCAUAUGCCAGGCAAGAUAAGAAAGACAAGAAGGGGUCCGUGGAGCGUUGGAGUCGUGCUCCAAUCUCUGCAAAACUUGUUGCCAACAUGCUGUCAGUUGCAGGGGCUGACCACAUCAUCACCAUGGACUUGCAUGCUUCUCAGAUCCAGGGUUUCUUUGACAUUCCGGUAGAUAACCUGUAUGCAGAACCUGCAGUGCUGCAAUGGAUUAAAGAGAACAUUUUGGAGUGGAGAAACUGUAUUAUAGUCUCACCUGAUGCAGGUGGUGCGAAAAGGGUUACUUCAAUUGCUGACAGGCUGAAUGUGGAAUUUGCUCUCAUUCAUAAGGAAAGAAAGAAGGCAAAUGAAGUGGACAGAAUGGUCUUGGUUGGUGAUGUGAAAGACAGAGUAGCAAUUCUUGUCGAUGAUAUGGCUGACACAUGUGGCACAAUAUGCCAUGCAGCAGACAAGUUGGUAUCUGCUGGAGCUACUAAAGUUUAUGCCAUUCUUACUCAUGGCAUCUUUUCUGGUCCUGCUAUUUCUCGGAUUAAUAAUGCAUCAUUUGAGGCUGUUGUGGUGACUAAUACAAUCCCUCAAGAGGAGAAAAUGAAACACUGCCCAAAAAUUCAGUUUAUUGACAUUUCCAUGAUCCUGGCUGAGGCAAUUAGAAGAACACACAAUGGUGAAUCUGUGUCUUACCUGUUCAGUCAUGUCCCCUUGUAACUGCGGGAAGUUACAUUGCAGCUUUGCAAAGGUCCCUUCAGCUAGCACUGUUGUUUUUAACAACGCAUCUCAACCACGAUAAAUUAGUAUCUUUGUACAAUUCCAGAGCUUUUAUGCUUAAUUAUUAUAUUUCUCUUGUAAUUACCAUUUGUUCUUUGUAAAUGGGCAAUAAAUCUCUGUCUCACAGAAA